AGGUGUUUUACUGUGAAAGAUUCUGUACAUUCACAUCAUCUGAUCGACAUGUUAAAGUACAUCUGUAAGCUGUGAAGGAUAAAGACAUUACCAGCUCCUCACUGUCACUGUUAUAGACUGUAAUUGAGGAGACAUCACACCAAGAUGAAGCCAGAAAGAAAAUCGCUACUUAAUAUCAUCAUUUUGGGUGGUAGCUUCAUGUUCAUGUUUACCGCCUUCCAAACCUGCGGCAACAUUGAACAAACAGUGAUCAAAAGUUUCAACAGUACCGAAUUCCAUGGAAGUGGUUACACAAGUAUGGCUAUUAUCUAUGGAGUCUUCUCUGCAUCCAACUUAAUUGCCCCCUCAGUGGUAGCAGUCAUUGGACCCCAGUUGUCACUGUUUUUUAGUGGACUUGUUUACAGUGGUUACAUCGCUACGUUUAUUCACCCUUUUACCUGGAGUUUCUACACUGCUUCAGUCCUGGUUGGGAUUGCAGCGGCAGUGCUGUGGACAGCUCAGGGGAACCUCCUCACCAUCAACUCCACUGACUCCACCAUCGGCCGAAACAGUGGGAUAUUCUGGGCUUUGCUGCAGUUAAGUUUAAUCUUUGGCAAUCUGUACAUAUAUUUUGCCUGGCAUGGGAAGAGUCACAUAUCAGAUAAGGACCGUCAGACAGUUUUCAUCUCACUCACUGUCAUUAGUCUGGUUGGCAACUUCCUCUUCUUCCUUAUUCAGCGAGUCGAGCCAGAGGUUGUACCCUCCGAGGCAUCUGAAUCACUGCUGCCUGGAGACUCAUCUGAGAGUAACUCGGUGACAGUUACACCCCAGGGGAUAGGAGUUCAAGCUUGGGUUGCAUUCAAGAAAUCCAUUCAGCUGUCCAUGACCAAAGAAAUGCUGCUGCUUAGUAUAUCCAUCGCAUACACAGGAUUGGAACUGACAUUUUACAGUGGCGUAUAUGGGACAUGCAUCGGAGCCAUGAAUAGUUUUGGUGAUAAUGCCAAAAGUCUCAUUGGCCUGUCUGGAAUUUUCAUUGGCAUUGGUGAAAUACUUGGUGGUUCUUUGUUUGGAAUGUUAAACCAGUGCAACAAGUAUGGAAGAAACCCAGUUGUGCUCUUGGGAUUGGUCACACAUGUUUUGGCUUUCUUCCUCAUUUUUCUGAACAUUGCCAGUGAUGCUCCUUUGGCGCCAGAGCAGGGCACACAGCUGCAGGGAUUCCUCACUCCCAGCGUGGAAACGGCGUUGCUGUGUAGUUUCCUGCUUGGCCUGGGCGACAGCUGUUUCAACACUCAACUGCUCAGCAUUGUGGGCUUCGUGUUUCGGGACGACAGCGCCUCGGCAUUUGCCGUCUUCAAGUUUGUACAGUCCAUCACAGCAGCUCUGGCAUUCUUCUACAGUAAUUAUCUCCUGCUGCACUGGCAGCUCCUCAUUAUGGUGGUGGUGGGCUUUGUUGGCACACUGUCUUUCUUCGCAGCUGAGUGGAUGGUUUGCAACCGCAGACAGAACUCGGAUUAUGACAGCAUCUGAUGUUUGAAAUCUGAGACAGUUUAACAGCAGAAGACUGUUUUCCCCAUACUGGUUCAACUUUUGCCUGCUCUGUGCGUUGCUCACUCACAUUAGCUCUAAAAAUAGCCAAAUUUGGCAUUUUGUGCCAAGGGAAACAGUUUAUAUAAACAGCCUUUCUUUAAGCCAAUCCACUGCACCCACAGAAUCAUUUUUAAUGUCAGUCAUUGCAGAGACACUUUUUUUUGCUGGAUUUUCAUUCUUGAUUUUUUUUUAUUUCUUAGUGGGAUUUGCAGGUUUCAUGAUUGAAUGACUACAAGAUGAAGUUUACAAUAUUUUGAAUGCUUUAAAUCCAUAAAAUUGCAUGCACUGUUUACUGUCAGCAGGGCCGUGUAAAACAUGACUUUUUGUGUAAGCACAAGCAAUAUAAAGGGAGAACUUUUCAGCCAUUCUAAAAUCAUCAUUGUAAUUUAUAUGCAAACAGUGCAUGCAGAUAUUGCAUAGAAUUACUUUGCACUCUACAGAAUGGCAGGUGGAUUUUAAUGAAUAAUAAACGAGUUAAAAAAUCUCAAGGUAUUUUAAAUCUAGAAUUCUGACAGCACUGUAUGAUAUUUUCAGUGACACAAUGCUGAAGGUAAGGUAAUAUGAAGUAUUGGAAGAAAAACAAUGUGAUCUUUCUGUCUACUUUUGCCUUAUUUAGUUAGUUCCAGUUUCCAGUUUGAAUCCAGUAUGCAGUACACCCACACUGGCACCUAAAACAGAAUUAAGUAUUUAUAGAUGUAUUUAAUUAUACAAAAUUUUUGUACUGUUGCUUACCUCAGGUUAUUCACUUAAAAAUA